CGGGCGGCGCGGUCGCCCGGGAGACCGGGAAAGCUGUUUCACACCCGUCGUAGUCCAAGUCGAGAUUUCUUUUUGCUUCGAAGCUCUCUUACCAUAUUUUGGGAAGUUAUGGAUCAUCACAUUCCCGUGCAUGCUUUGCCUGAAGAAAUCCAAAAGAUGUUGCCUGAAGAAAAAGUUUGUAAGUACUGUGGAGUCAGCUAUCUAAUUCUUCAUGAAUUUAAAGCUAUGGAAGAAAAAGUGAAAGCAAUGGAAAAAGAGAUGAAAUUUUAUCAAGGAAGUGUAGAUCGUGAAAAGAGACUUCAAGAAAAACUGCAUUCUCUUAGCCAAGAACUUGAACAGUACAAAAUUGACAGCAAAUCCAAAACAGAAAGAAUUUACAAUGUAGGCAUGCAGUUAAAAAGUCAACAAAAUGAAUUUCAGAAAGUAGAGAAACAACUGAGUCAUUUGCAAGAUGAGUUAAAAAUUAAAUAUAGACAAUCAUACAUCUUCAGUCAAAGAUUGUCAGAGUACAAACAUUUCUGGAAUAAGACUCUUUCAUUACUUACUUUUACUAAAAGGGAGCUCACCAGUAUUAAAAAUGAAGUGUAUGAUAAUUACCAAAACUGGACUUCAUUGAAAGGAGAAAUUUUUCUACAAAUUAAAUCUAUAAGUGAAACAGCCUUGACAGAAAUAGACAUACUGAAUAAAAGUUUGACAGUGUCCCAGAGAAAUAAAGUAUGCCUUGAAAAGGAAAUGAAAAAUCUGAAAUUGUUGUCAGAUGCAGCCAUAUUGAGAUCUCAGCAGAUUCAGACAUCUAGACAACAGGAAGUAAACUUGCAAACCAGAUGCUAUGAUUUGGAAAAAGAAGUACUAGAUUUGCAAUGUCUAGUAGAGGCACUUGGAGUAAAACUUCAGAAGGCAGUGACAGAGAUGGACAACUAUAAAGAAAUGCUUAUGAAUAAAUCUAAUGAAGCUGAUGACUGUCAAAGAGAACUUAGAAAACUGAAGUUUGAAUCCGUUAUUUCUGAGUCACAGCAUACUAUGCUGCUUAAGGAAAAAGAAGAUUCUUUAAUGACUUAUCAACAAAUAUAUAAAGCAUUACAGGAAGAGCUGACUGCAAAAGAAAAGCAAGAAGAAGACAUAAAGAGAAGAAUUAACCUUGCAGAAAAUGAACUGGAGAUAACCAAAACUCUUUUGAAUCAAACAAGGGAAGAGGUUUUAACACUGAAAAAUGAAAGGGAAUUGAUGCUGAUUUCACAUCAGAAAAGCAUCGAGCAGCUGCAAGAAACCCUUAGACAGAAGCUGCUGAGUGAUGAUAACUGGAAGGAGAAGAUUGAAGCAGAACUUGCCAAGGAAAGGGCCCAACACUUGGUUGAAUUUGAAGAGCAAGCUCUUCUCUUUAAGGAAGAAACAAAACUGCAACUUGAUAUUGAAAAAGAAAAGCACCAAGAUAUAAUCCAAAAGUAUAAGAAAGAACAAGAGGAACUACAAAUGAAGAUAUCUGACUUAAUCACAGGCGCUACAAGAGAUCUAAGACAGGAAGUGACCACUCUUAGAGAAAAACUUCAUGAAUCCCAUAUUUGGUACACUGAAGAAUCUGAGUCAAAGGAAAAAGAAAUUGAAAAUCUUAAAAAUUUGGUUGCAGAAUUUGAAUCUCGCUUGAAGAAGGAAAUUAACAGUAAUGAUUCAGUUUCAGAAGACUUGAGGAAGGAAAUGAAACAGAAGUCAGAUGAACUGAAAAGAGUAAUGCUGGCUCAAACACAACUGAUAGAGCAAUUUAACAAGUCCCAGGAAGAGAAUACUUUUCUUCAGGAGACAGUGCGUAGAGAAUGUGAAGAACGCUUUGAACUGACAGAAGCUUUGAGUCAAGCCAGAGAACAGCUCCUGGAACUCAGGAAGCUUCGUGGAAGUUUACCAUUCUCACCGUGUUCCCUGAGCAAGGGCAGCCUAACCUCCCCUGCUGCAGCGGUCAGUAAUCAUGGAGAGAGAAGCCUUGCAAGACUGAACUCUGAAAAAGGAGUCCAAAUUCCCAGCCUGCACGGAGUGUCAAAACCCACCACUUUCCCAACCUCAGAUAAGCCCAAGAGGGUUAGCAGCUCAGGCUUGCCCAUUCUCCCCCAGCCACAUCCUCCCAGGGGUGGAGCAUCUUCAGCAAAUGAGACUAGACAGAGACUGGCUGCCAUUCUUAGGAGGAGGCGGAGUCACCAAUGAUCCAAAGUGAGGAGCAGCUAGCUCCCCACAGCGUGCACGCUCUUUCAGAGAGUGCCAGGAACUCACUGUAACUGAGAAUGACAAAUUUCACAGAUCAGGAAGGCAUACCUACAGAUAUAUUUAACAAAAGACUGUAAAAAGCUGGAAAAUUGUGAAGCCAUAUUUUUCAAGAGGGUUUUGAUAGAAUAACAGAUAAUUAAGUUGUUGGUAUUCCAGAGGUCCAAUUUCUAUAUUUAUGUUGAAAUGUGCUCUAUGAAUAUAGCCUUUCAGAGAUCACAGGUAAAAUUUUUCACCCAUAACAUCUUUUCCAUUUCUUGCACCACUACAAGCAGAUAUAUUUCCACAAAAAAAAA